AUGCAGCGUUACCCGUCCAUGGUGUUGUCAGCCUUCCACAGUGGUGUCAGCCGUGCAGCGUUACCCUUCCACGGUGUUGUCAGCCGUGCAGCGUUACCCGUCCAUGGUGUUGUCAGCCGUGCACCAGAGGCGUCUGAAAAGUUCACCCCAGCGGGGCGGAGAGUUCACCCCCAGCGGGGCGGAGACUUCACCCCCAGCGGGGCGGAGAGUUCACCCCCAGCGGGGCGGAGAGUUCACCCCAGCGGGGCGGAGAGUUCACCCCCAGCGGGGCGGAGAGUUCACCCCCAGCGGGGCGGAGAGUUCACCCCCAGCGGGGCGGAGAGUUCACCCCCAGCGGGGCGGAGAGAUCACCCCCAGCGGGGCGGAGAGUUCACCCCCAGCGGGGCGGAGAGUUCACCCCCAGCGGGGCGGAGAGUUCACCCCCAGCGGGGCGGAGAGUUCACCCCCAGCGGGGCGGAGAGUUCACCCAGCACGCAGCGGGCCACACGGCAGCUGCAGCGGGCCACACGGCAGCUGCAGCGGGCCACACGGCAGCUGGGCCAGCAGUUAGCUGCAGCAGCUCUGAGUGGAUGA